UCGCGCGGGCGGCGAGAUCAGUCGCUGAGUUGAGCGAGGGCAGUGCGCGUCGCAGGAACCUAGUGUCGGUCUGUUUAGCUGUCAAGUGGUGAUUCAGGCAAAGGCGGGCGAGUCGUGGUGAUGCGCGAGUGACGUGUGUCGGAUGGUGAUCGUGCUGGAGCCCAGCACGGGACGGGGUGGUGCGGGGGGAAUGACGGUCGACGAUAUGACUAUCAGCAGCGGCAAGCAGGACGCCUCCCCGCAUCACCACCAGACCACGAGGUCUCGCUUCAUGAUAACGGACAUCCUGUCGAGCGGGCCGCGCUCACCCUGCAGUUCGCCGGCCUCCAGCAGCGAGGGCCCGCGAGACCUCUCGCUGCACUGCCGAGGAGAGGACAGCGACGGGCACGAGAGCGGCACGGACAGUGGGCUGCCGGGGGAGACCUCCAGCGUCUGCUCCAACGGACACAAGGACGAGGACGCGGCGGGUGGAGGUAAAGGCGGCCACUCCAGCGGAAGCCUCACCAAGAAGCAGCGGAAGGCGCGAACAGCGUUCACGGACCACCAGCUGCAAACUCUGGAGAAGAGCUUCGAGCGGCAGAAGUACCUGAGUGUCCAGGAUAGGAUGGAGCUGGCUGCCAAGCUGAGCCUCACGGACACGCAGGUCAAGACGUGGUACCAGAAUCGCAGAACCAAAUGGAAGCGCCAGACUGCUGUUGGCCUGGAGCUGCUAGCCGAGGCGGGCAACUACGCCGCCUUCCAGCGCCUAUACGGCGCGCCUACAUACGGCUGCUGGCCCUACCCGGGGGCGGCAACGGGGGCGGUGCCAGUGGCACCCAGCACAGCGGACCUCUACUACAGACAAGCGGCGGCGGCAGCGGCGGCGGUCAGCACGCUGCAGAAGCCGUUGCCAUACCGCCUCUACCCGGGGGCGGGCAUCGGCCUGGGCUUACCUGGUCCCUCGUCCGCCGCCCCGCACUUGCCCGCCCCCGUGGGGUCGCUGUCCAGCUACUACAGCAGCCACCGGUCACCGCAGAGUCCACCCCAGAGCCCGCCCCCAGUCAGCAGGCCCAGCUCCGAGGAGGAGGACUCUCCCCCGCGCGUCUAGAUGUCAGCACCUCACAUACAGUGUAUAUACAUACGGUGUACAUAGCACAGUGCAUAUCCACAGCCGGGACUUGUGUGGGACAGAAUGCGAGGAUGUUGCAACUGUGUGUCCGUCUCAACCCACAACAACAGCGCAUGUUUCAAGCUUCUUUUGUUUUAAACAAUAUGAAUACUGAAAACUGCAUCAUUAUUACGAAACGAGCUAAAUUAUAUUGUUGUAGGUUGGUAUUAUAGACGUUUCCUUCAGAUAUCGAAUUCGGGGCCCUCGACAGGCGUCCGAUCAGCAGCGCCGGCCGUCCGCCCCGAAACUUUACAAUUACCGCCGGCCACUCUGGCAACUCGCGCAGCUGCUGCUUCUGAGAGAGAGAUGGGAAAUUUUGUAUUUCGAAGUUUUCGGCCCUGCAGCCGGUCAUUUGUCCCCGUCAAAACACCUGAGCGCGAUUAAAUAAAAGGAACACGGAACAAAAGAGGUGAGGGGUGGGAAUUUGCGUGAUUAAUCGUGCGGGGAGCGGAGAGGGGGAAGCAAUAAUCAGAACACAGUGUUCAGUGACACUGCAGCGCGAUUCACAGCAGCUCGCGUGACAGCGCGUCACUGGAGACCUGAACACCUGCCCGGGGUGCCAGCAGCCGCGCCAACUUGUAUCAAGCUUUGUAAUAAUAAAGCUAAGAUGUGCAA